GUUUACUUGAAGACUUUGGCAAUGAUUCAACUUUAUGCACUCGUUUUUGUCUCAACAGCAUUAGGUGACACGUCAAAGAUUGAUAUUCCCUGUCUAAAUGGAUUGAUGUACAUUCACGGUGGGGAAAAUAUUAAUCUGAAUUGCUUUUUUUCAUCCGUUGAUCCGUCAAAAACUGCAUGGUUCAGACAGACUCCAGGAGAAAAGCCUCUUCUCAUUGCUUCUGCUUUUCACGUUGUAAAAGUUGCAUAUCAUAAUGAUUUUGACAAGAGUGGACGUCUUGAAGCUUUUAGAGGAAAAAGCAGUUUUAAUCUGAGUAUCUCAAAUGUAGAACCAUCUGAUUCAGCCACAUAUUACUGUUCAGUGACGGAUUAUACGGAUAAUGCCUUAUUAUCAGACUGCACAGUUCUAGUCCUCAAAGGUUCAUCUUCAAGUCUCUCUGCUAUUCUCCAGCCUCCUGUAUCAGACCCUGUUGAACUGGGAGGAGAUACAACUUUGCAGUGUUCAAUACUCACAGAUGCGUCUGCAGGAGAUCACAGUGUGUACUGGUUCAGACAUGGAUCAGGAGAAUCCCAUCCAGGAAUCAUUUACACUCAUGGAAACAGGAGUGAUGAGUGUAAGAAAAGCUCUGAGACUGAUUCUCCUACACAGAGUUGCGUCUACAAACUCCCCAAGAGAAACCUCAGCCUCUCUGAUGCUGGAACUUACUACUGUGCUGUGCUCAUGUGUGGACAGAUCAUCUUUGGGAGCGGAACUAAACUGGACUUUGUAGAGAAAGGUGCUUUGGACCCAACCGUUCUUGGUUUAGCUGCAUCAAACAUCAUAAUUAUGGCUGUGGUUUUAUUUCUGUGCAGAAAAUUACAUAACAGUCAUAAAAAAGAUGCUGCUGAAGAUUACAGAGUUCAAAUAAAUCAGGCUGAAGACACCGACGUCUUGAACUAUGCAGCUCUAAGCUUUGCUCAGUCUUCCUCCUCAAGAAGAAGCAGAAUAAAGAACAGCAGUGAUCAGCCUGUGUACGCACAGGUAAAGACCCAUCAGUAGAAACAACAUCAGAGUUACAAUCAAACCUGGAAAUCUACUGUCAUCAUAACUCCCAAAACUCUGUAAGCAGUGUUCAUUUCACACACAUUCAUCUAGAAUUCCUUAAUUACUUUGUCACAGUACCUCUGUAUGAAUGUGAAUUUGUUUAA